UCUCUCUCUCUCUCAAACAAUCGCUUCAUCACUGUGUUUUAUUAAUUACUUGAUAUGGUUCUGAUAAAAUCACCAUGAUUAUCCUUCGAUGCUCUCACUGUUCUCACUCUGGAAAUAAUAGCCCUAAUUGUACUUGCAUUUUCGGGUUCAAUUGGUAUGACUCUUGUUAUACUUGGAUGUGCUCUUCCAAAUUAUGCUAAUUGGUGGCCAUUCUUUGUCGUAUUAUUUUAUCUUCUCUCACCUUUACCCACGAUGCUUGCCAGAAGAUAUCAAGAUGAUAUGGGCUCAAGUAAUUACUGUAAAGAAAUGGCACUUUUCAUAACAUCAGGAAUUGUCAUAUCAGCAUUUGGAUUACCUUUGGUUCUGGCUCAUGCUCCAGCCACAGGGCCUGUGAUCCAAUGGGGAGCCUGCAUUUUGACUUUAUUUGGAAAUAUUGUCGUAUUUCUAACUAUUUUAGGUUUUUUUAUUGCUUUCGAUAAUGAUGAUGAAGGAUACAGUGUAUGGUAACGGAUAAGAGAAGAUGUUUCCUACUUUAAUCAUCAACAUGUGUAUAACAUAUAUAAGAUUUCGUUCCAUUGAUUGUAAAAUCUGAAUUGGUCAGAUAAACAACAAUCAACAUAAUUUCUCAGCAUCUUUACUUUUCUCUCUCUCUCUCUCAAAUAAUGUAUCAUGCAAAAAUCUUUCUUCGUCUUGUUCACUUAUCUUUUCAUACACAAACACACAAACAGAACAAACAACACACAUUUAAUUAAUUAAUUAUAAUUAAAAAUAACUAGAAUUGGUCAUUCAAGACUGAGUCAUCAUA